CAAUAUGGCGGCGCUAUCACCGCCCGUCUUGAAAAUAACCUGAAAAUCUGUAUACAAAUAUUAGCUUUCAUUAAUCAAUUUCGAUUUUUCUCGUUUCAAGUAAGCUUUCGCUUGGUAUCAAGUAUCACGAGCCUCGCAGAAAUGCUGCUAACCUUAAAGCCAGACCAUAAGAAACACGUAUUGUUCUUGGCCGAACAAUCGGCACCAGUUCUGCAGGAUUUCUGCAAACUGGCGCUGGAUUAUUUGCAAAAGGGUCCAAAUGUCAAGGUAUACAACGCUGCCGCUCAAAAGUUAAAUGUUGAGGUGGAUGUGAUCAGGAACUCGGUGGAGGGUCUGGUUAAUCUUGUUCUGGAAAGCUGUAAGCACAAGCUGAAUGCAGAGAAUUUCCGAGACUCCGUGGUCGCUUUGGGCUUCACGGAAGAAAAGGAGGCGAUCCUGAGCAAGUUGUACAGUGUUAAAAAGGACGAGGUCUCGGAUGCGUUAGAAGAGAUUGGAUUCAAAUCGACUAGUUAUCACGACAUGGAGUGGAGAUUCGAAGUGCAGACUGCAUCGAGAUCUCUGUUGAAGCAAGUCGCCCCGCUGAUCACUCUAGACUUGUCACUGAAAAAUCCUGACAAUGCAGAUGCAGUAGAACACGUUUUGCUGCAGACCGAUCCUACUAACUUGCUUCACCUGACUCAACAGUUGGAGGAAGCGCUGCAAGAAAGCCACAGCCAACAUACACGAAGAAUCUCCAAGGCGAUAAAAUAAGACUCGGUGAUUUGUACAUAUUUAUAUUUAACGCAAUAAAUGAAGAUAAACGAA